AUGAGUGAAGAAUUAGAAAAUCAACAACAUUUACUAUCUAAUGAGUCGAUACCAGAAUUACAAUUAAUAUUUACUUUAAAACCUGAAAUGGAUCGACGUCGAUAUAAUAUCCAAAGAAUAAAUGAAGUUGCUGCCGUUUUUUCUACAACUGCAGAUGGAGAAAUCCCAGAAUCAUAUGUUACAAUACGCAAUAAAAAUACUAAAACUUUACAAAGCGUUAGUACUAUGGAUCCAAAUGUUGAACCAUGGAUAUAUCCAUUGUUUUAUCCAUAUGGUACUCAAGGAUGGCAUUGUCAUUUAAAAAAAUUAAACAGUAAUAGACGAAUAACUAGAGGACAAUAUAUUAAGCAUCGCAUGGCUAUUCGUGAUGACUUUAAUGUUUUCUUAUUAGGACGACGUUUAUUCCAACAAUGGCUUGUAGAUAAUUAUGUAAAAAUUGAAAAAGAUAGAAUGAAUUUUUGUAGAGCUCAUCAAAAAGAAUUACGCUCUGAAACAUAUCAGGGUUUAAUUGAUUAUAUGCAAAAUAUGGCAAAUAAUUUAAAUGGGCAUAUUGGGAAAAUGGUUAUACUUCCUUCUACAUUUAUCGGUUUACCACGUAAUAUGUUACAAAAUUAUCAAGAUGCAAUGGCAAUUGUUGCUAAAUUUGGUAAACCAGAUCUUUUUAUCACAAUGACUUGUAAUCCAAAAUGGCGUGAAAUUGAAGAAAAUCUCUUGUAUGAUCAACAAGCUUCUGAUAGACCUGAUAUUUUUAUGAAACAUAUGAUACACGGACCUUGUGCCAAUUGGUGUUUAGUAAAUGGACAAUGCUCAAAGCGUUAUCCGAGAAAUUUUCUGGAGGAAACCAAGAUGGAUGAAGAUGGUUAUCCUUACUAUCGUCGACGAAAUACUGGUACAACUUUUGAACGUCCCGGCGGAUAUACAGUUGAUAAUCGUAACGUUGUUCCAUAUUGUCCUAUUUUGUCGAUUAUAUUCAAUUGCCAUAUUAAUGUUGAAAUAGUUUCCAGCAUUAAGUCGGUUAAAUAUUUAUAUAAGUAUAUAUAUAAAGGUCAUGAUGCUGCUGCUAUAACAAUUGAACCAAUAACAAAUAAUACAGUUAUUAAUCAUGAUGAAAUACAUGAUUACAUCGAAGCUCGUUACGUAGGACCUGUAGAAGCUAGCUGGCGUAUACUCGGUAAAAAGUUACAAGAUAAAAGUCAUUCUAUAAUUCGUUUACCAGUUCAUUUGCCAAAUGAACAAAAUGUAAUUAUUGAAAAUGAUUCCAUUGAAGAAGCAAUGACUACUGCUGUAAAUCAAGUCACUAUGUUAAUUGAUUAUUUCGCACUAAAUUUACGUGACACAGAAGCAAGAAAAUAUUUAUAUACAGAAAUUCCACACUAUUAUACUUUCAAAAAAGAAAAAAUUAACGGCAAAAAUGUAUCACACUGGGUAAAACGGCAUAAUUAUUUUAAUUGCAUAGGUCGUAUGUAUUCUGUGAGUCCAACACAAAUAGAAUUAUUUCAUUUACGAUUAUUAUUACUAACUAUUAAAGGAGCUACAAGUUUUAAUAAUUUAAGAACUGUAAAUGGAGAAACUUAUCAAACAUUUUCAGAGACAUGUUUAGCUUUAGGUUUAAUUGAAGAUGAUGAUGAAUGGAUACGAGCUAUGAAUGAAGCUGUUGAGUGGAUGAUGCCACGACAAUUACGUAAAUUAUUUGUACGCAUUUUAUUACAUUGUCAACCAUUACAUCCUGAACAACUUUGGAAAAGUUUUAAGGUAGCAAUAUCGGAAGAUUAUAUAAGACAUCUCGGUACACUACAAGGACAAAGAAAAGCUUACGAACAAAUUAAUGCUAUGCUUUUAGCUGAAGGAAAAAGCUUUGCUGAUUUUCCACAAAUGGAACAAUUAGCAGAAAAUAACGAAGAGGAGGAUUACGUGACAUUAGAACAAGCUAUGGAAAUUGAUGUCUUUAUUUGGGAUGAAGCUCCCAUGGCACCACGAUAUGCUCUAGAUAUUAUGGAUCGAACACUCCGUGAUAUUAUGAAUAAUGAUUUACCAUUUGGUGGAAAAAUUGUUAUAUUGGGUGGUGAUUUUAGACAACUUCUUCCAAUUAAAGUACGAGAAAUGGGUGAUGGGAAAUUGAAUGAUUCUAAUGACAAUAUUCAAAUUCCUGAAUGUUGCAUAGCUCCAUCUGAUGCAGAUAUUGUUACAGAUAUAUAUGGUGAUUUAAUACAAAAAAGAGAUUUUAAUAAGAUAGCUAAAUGUGCGAUACUUUCAGCGAGAAAUAUUGAUGUAGACGAAAUUAAUAAACGAGUUGUUGAAUUACUAAAUGUAACAGAAGAACGAAUUUAUACAAGUGUAGAUAGUGCUGUAAACUGCGGUGAUAAUGGUGAUAUUGGUGAAUCUUUAUUACCAGAAUAUUUAAAUAGUUUGUCUCCAUCAUGUCUUUCUCCUCAUGAAUUACGUUUAAAUAUUUAA